UAGGAGCGCUGCGUUGCCGUGUCCAUCAGGAUGACAGCAGCCAGUUUAUACGACGUCAACCAGGAGAGCAGAAAGGAGAGGCUGGCUGGAAGACGAUGGAUAUAGCCAGCAAUCAUUAGCAAGUUGUCCAAAUUAACUUUCACCGAUCACAAGUUUACGUGCAAAAUAAACGCCAAGCAUAGCUGACAGCAUCCCGUCGCCACGCCCCCCCCCCUGCUCCAUUCUUCGGGAAGAUGGAGGAGCACCAUGUCCACUGUUUGUCCUGUGUGAAUCAGAGAUGCAUGGCCACACCUAAACCUGGCUUUUCUUGUGAUCUUAUAAACUGUCCUCUGGUAUGUGGUGCUGUUUUUCACUCCUGUAAAAUCACUGAACAUCGCCUUCUCUGCCCACUGGAGAGGGUUCCCUGCCUGAACAGUGGCUUUGGCUGUCCCAGUACCCUGGUGCGCAGCCGGAUGUCUGCUCACCUUGAGGUGUGUCCAGCUGGUGUUGUUUGUUGCACCAUGGAGUGGAACAGGUGGCCUGUCAGCUUUUUGGACUACACAUCCUAUGAGAGCCUGAGUCGGGGGGUGGAGGAGGUAGAGCAGCUGGACAUGGCGCUGGCCCUUCAAGACCAACGUACACUACUUGAAUCCCUCAAGUUGGUUGCCAUGGCCCCCACUACAGAGAUGGAGUCACUUGUUUCCAAGGGUGACAAGGACAGUGCAAUAUGCUCUACUUUGCCUGUGGCUACUUCUGCGGUCUCCACCUCCAACUCACCACCACAGCUGUCUUCUUCAUCUCAGCCAAAACCAUCCAUGGCAUGCUCUGCAAAAAUGAAAAUUGCCAACGGAAUUAAUGGUUUGAGUGAGGAUCACUACAGUAAACUCUAUGAGGCCACAGCAGAGACUGCAAGAAGCUUGGCUGCUGCGUUAGACGUCUUCAGCAGUGCCAAUUGUUUUGACAGCACAGAGUGUGCAUCCAUGGGUGGCGCUACCGCUAAGAAAGAGGAGUUUCACAAUGGACCUGAAGACAGUGUACCUGUGGGUGUUGAUUAUGUAGCCGUAAACAAGUUUAGUGAACCGGCAGUUUGUCAUGGGUGUUUGAGUGGAAUGGAAGCUGAUAAUGGAACAGGGCAAAAGAUUUCAGACACAGGGAAUGGACCACUCUCAGGAGCUAUGGGGCCCUCUCCGGAAGCAGCCUGCGCUGUUGAUGGACAAGAUAACACAAAUACUGUUGUUCCUCAGGGGCCCUCUGUCUUUCACCCAGCAACCUCUCCACUGACACCACCACUACAUGUCAGCCAAGGUAUUGCACAGAGGGCUAGUCAUGUCGUCUUGGAGGACAGAGGGCUAGUGGUUUUAGAAGAUCAUGGGCUUGAACGUAAGUUUCACAGCCACCAGUUACUCAGGGGACUGGGCCAGUUCUCACUACCAAAUGGACGGAGGGGUUUGCUUCCUGACCGGUCUUUCUACAGAUUACGACCUAAAAUGGAGGACAAGGCAGUGGAUACCUCUGACCUGGAGCAGGAGGAUGAUCCUAUGGGUCUUGGAGAGAUUGAUCUAAUCACAGCUGCCCUACUUUUCUGCUUGGAGGAGUCCAGAGAGUGCAGACGGAUCUCUGACACAGUCUAUGUGGACAGCUACCACGUGGACUUUGGCACACAGACUUUCACUUUCCCUGCAGCCAUCUUGGUAACCAACACCAGAGUGGGUGACAUGGCCUCUGCUUCUGCCUGUGACCAUGCUGCCCCCCAGCUCUCCUAUCCCAGCCCCUUCCGCACACUCCGCCUAGGCCUGGUCCUUGAAUCUCUAGAGGUAGAGGAGGUUCCACAUAAUCGCUACCUCCCACCCAACCCCCGUUACCAGCAUAUGUUCCCCUUUGUAUGUGGCCAGUCAUUCCGUAGAGACCAGUUCUCCUCCCACUUCACAAAUGUCCACGGGGACAUUCACGCAGGACUCAAUGGUUGGAUGGAGCACCGCUGCCCAUUGGCCUACUAUGGCUGCACAUUCUCUCAGAGGAGGUUUCACCCGUCAACUCGGGGGGCCAAGGUGGUUCAUGAUCGGCACUUGCGAUCCUUUGGGGUUCAGCCUUGUCCAGGGGCAAAAUUUCAGAGUGUCUCCCAGUCUGACCAGUUAAGUGGGCUACCUAUUGAAAUAUUGUGGCACAUUGCUGGUUUCCUGGAUAGCUUUAGCCUGUGUCAGCUGUCGAUGGUGUCCCGGACUAUGAGAGACAUUUGCGCCAGCUUGCUUCAGGCCAGAGGUAUCGUGGAGCUACAGUGGGAGAGAAUGCAAUACCCAAAUAAGCAUGGCACUGUUUCCUGGCAGAUAAAAAACAAAGUAUGGCGAUACAGCACUGCCUUCAGUCCAGUGUCAUCAUGGGGUUUUUCAGAGCUCCCCAGCAUGUCAAACCAUCUUAGAAAGUGCCGCUUCAAUACAGUGGAGCGUAAGAUGGAGCCUGUUCCCCUGCCUGCCAUGUGUACUGCGCGGGAUGGACACUCCCUCCGCCGGGUCCUGCGUCACAUUAACACCUGAUUCCCUGAUGCCCGUUUAACCUCUUGUAGCUGCAACCAUAGUCACUGUAAUUUAACAUGGUUUUGAUGCUAUUUAUUUUGGAAAAUGUUUACCGGGAGUUGAGACGGCCUUAAUCAAAUGGUUAAACUUGAUACAAUGGGGGUCUCUGUACCUGUGUGUUAUAGAUUAGCAGAAUUACUGUUUAACAUUUAGUUUCGUGUGGUUAUAUGCUGCAAAUUUAUUUUGUAACGGUUUUCUUGAAGAGACAAAUAUGCACAGUUGCAGAUUUAUAUUUUAUACUCCAGAUUUUGAAAGUUUGAAAUGGUUUCAUUGUCUUGCCUUUUACUAGUAGCCAUGGGAUGUGCAAAUCUCCAUUUUGCACCAUUUUUGCGUAACGCGUUAUGCUAGCACUUUAAGAUUUGCUAAUCCAUUACCUGUUUGAUAUAAAUGUUCUAUUAAUCCUUUGAGGGUGUAAUCAUAAUGCAACCAAGACUCAAAUAUGUCGGUGGUCAUGAUGUAGAUGUCAACAUCUAAGCCAAAACCGAGUCAGAUGGUGUUAUCCCAGUAGUGCAUGUGAUUUUUGCUACAAUUUAAUAAAGCCUUUACAGCUAA